AUGCAUAAUUAAUUUUAUUUAAAUCUUUCUUUAUAUAAUUAAAAUUAUUUUUAUUUAAAACUAAUAAAAUUUAUAAAAAUAUUUUUUAAAAUAUAUAGUUUUUACAUUAGAAAAAAUACUUAUAUUUCCUUUUUUGUAUUUAAUUUUAAGAAAUUUGUUUACAUAUUAAAUAUUUAAAAAUUAUAUAAGUAAGAAAUAUAAAAUUAUAUUAUUUUAUAAAUAAAAUCUUUUCAGAACUUAAAGUUUUUAGUAAUAUUAGAAACUUUCAGAAAAUGUAGUUUUAUUAUAAUUUCUAUAUUUUAUUUUUUACAAAAGUCCGGUUCUUAAAAUAAAAUAUAUAAUUUAUAAAUUAAAAAUAUAUAAAGAUAAGAAAAUAAAGAUAUUUAAAAAAUAAUAAUAUUAAAAAUAAAAAAUAUAGAAAAUGUCAAACGCAAAGUUAUUAAUUUUAGAAAUAAAAAAAAAUAAAAUAAAAUUAAUAUAAACAGUAGUAAUUAUGAUAGAAGUGUAAACACAUUUUCAAAACAAGGAAGAUUACUUUAAGUAGAAAAUGCAAUGCAAGCUAUGAAAUUAGGUAACUCUUCAAUUGGAAUAAAAGUAAAUGAAGGUGUCGUAUUAGCUGUUGAAAGAAAGGUUGAUUCUACAUUAAUGAAUCCUAAAUCAAAUGAAAAGAUAUCUGAAAUUGAUUGUCAUAUAGCUUGUGCAGCUUCAGGAUUUAUUCCAGAUGCACGUACAUUAGUUGAUUAUGCUAGAGUAGAGGCAUAAAAUCAUAGAUUUACAUAUAACGAGCCUAUGAAUGUUAGAGCUUUGACAUAAACAGUAUCUGAUUUAGCACUCAAUUUCGGAGAAGGAGAUCCAUCUAUGAAAAGAAAACCAAUGUCAAGACCUUAUGGUGUUGCAUUGCUAAUAGCCGGAGUAGACGAUAGUGGUCCUAAUCUUUAUAAAACAGAUCCUUCCGGAACUAUGACCGAAUAUUUUGCUUAAGGUAUUGGACCUGCUGAUGAAGGAAUACAAGUUAUUUUGAAUGAAUAAUAUAAAUAAGAUUUAACUUUGUUAGAAGCUGAAAAAUUAGCUUUAAAUUGUCUAAAAUAAGUCAUGGAAGAAAAAAUUAAUAAGAAGAAUGUUGAAUUGUGUGUCAUUUCUACUGCGAAUCCUAUCUAUACUGAAAGAUCUCCUGAAUAUGUUGAAGAAAUUAUUAAAAAUUUAUAAUGA